AUGGCCAUCAGUCCGCAGAUUACCAACCUGGUCAUCAUUCUGGGGUUCAUGCAGAUCUCCAAGAAGAUACCAUUCGAUGAUCCAAACGUCUUGAUGGGCGUGCGUGCACUUUACAUCAUCUCCAACCUCAUCAUCGCCGGUAUCUCCCUCUACGUCCAGCAACAGAUCAACAAGAAGAAUGACAUGACCAUUGUCAAAUACGUCGAGCCCGCGCCCAUGGGAUCUGGCGAGGAGCCCAAGUUUGUCGCGACCACGGUCAAGGCCUACGAUGUGUCCAAGCUACGCGAGCUCUUCAAGGCCCAGAUGAUGGGUGUUGGAAUGAUGUGCGUCAUGCACAUCUACUUCAAGUACACCAACCCACUGCUCAUUCAGUCCAUCAUCCCGCUCAAGGGUGCCUUUGAGGGCAACCUGGUCAAGGUCCACCUUCUCGGCCAACCUGCCACUGGCGAUCUCCAGCGUCCGUGGAAGGCGGCUGGCGGCAUGAUGGGCGCCAUGCAGGGUGGUGAGAUCAAGACGGACAAGAAGAGCAUUGAGGCUGCUGAGCGUGCCGGCCGCGGUGGUGUCAAGGACGAAUAG